ACAAGAAGAGAAUGCACUAAAACGUAGCAGAAUAAUACAAAUGACAACCGAUGCCUCUUCAUCCACAAAGAAUCCUGUGUAUUUGGAAUUCUAUGGUGUAAAUUAUUCCAUUCCUAAAAAGAGGCGUGGUCACCUUUUGUCAUAUGUGAAAUUAUUUCAGAAUGGAAUGGACGAAUUAGAUGAGGAGUCGGGGCAGGAACCAAUCCUUCGGAAUGUUCAUGGAUGCGCCAAUCCCGGAUGCGGAAAGACCACUUUGUUGAAUAUUUUAGGUGAUCGUGUGGACAAACAAGGCGUCAACGGUGUAAUAAGGAUGAACGGGCAUAAAUUGACAAAAGAAUUAAAAAGAUUCGUAGCUUAUUGCACUCAAGAUGAUGUUUUUUUUUCACAGUUGACUGUUAAGGAGACACUUGAUUUUACGGCCCGAUUACGCCUUCCCCGGGAUGUGCAAAAACACGAAAAGUUAAAACAAGUCGAAAACAUAAUUCAAUUAUUAGAUUUAUCGAAAUGCGCAAACACAAAGAUUGGGAACAACUGGUCCAGAG